UUGUACCUUGAGCAUAUCCUCCUCAUUUACUGUUCUUAAUCUAUAGCACAUUGUAUUAGGAAGCAUAAUUAGUCACGAAACACUGCAAACAAACUCACAAAGCCAGGCAACAAAACAGUAAACUUCACCUCGUGUUUUGUGACUUUAGAGGCCUCCUUGCCCUCUGCACCUUCUGGAGACUGGAAGAGGGAACGUUAGCAUUAGCAUCCAGUAUGCUGAAGUAAUUCAAUUCAAUAGAGCAACAAUGUCGGUUUUCAACUGAACUUUAACCAACGUGAACGUAGCAAAUAUUUAGAAUCUAAGCAAUUUUUGUAAACCGGCUUUAUGAACCAACUACAUUUGCUUUUUGUGUUUAUAAAAAAACAAAGUUUGCCGCCAUUUUGUCGCUACGUACGACAUCCUGACGUCACUGCGCAGUUCUGGUGUGCAUGCAUGGGCUAUACCAAAACAAAGCUGGUGGGGAAGGAGAUCCUACCAGCUUUGCGAAAGGCUAGCAUUUGGCAUCAUUUUGGGUUUUAUCAAACGCUCUGAAAUACUGCGCUGGACAAAGUUUGCAAACAUUGCAAAACAUAGAUCAAGUGCUUUGGCAACAUAAAUACUCUGGCUCGUAUUCUGCUACACCCUGACAUCACAGACACACGGAACAGUCGUCUGUGCGUCACAGACGCCGAAGCCGGCACGUUUUUCAGUGCGACAGCUGUGCCGCAGCUUUACCAAGAGACUACACAGUUGCCAGAAAAGGCACUUGCCUCAGAAUUUAGAAGGCAACAUAUUUAACUGAACUAUUUUCAUUUUUUGAAUUAAAUAAAAUUUUGAUAUAUAUUGAUAUUGCUUUUAAGUAGCAGGUGCAACAAUUCCAUCUCAGCAUGGAUAAAUAUUUAAAACUUUAUACUUGUGUAGGAGACACUUUUUUGGAAAGUAGAUUAGAUACGAUCAGAAACCAUUACGAAUAAAAUUGUUUGGAUCUGAAAAAUCAAUUUUGUGAGAUCGUAAAAGAUUACCACCUCUACUAAAUGAAUAUCAUAAAAGAUAUCAUGUUUAAUAAUAAUAUAUGUAUACACAAUUCUACAGAUAAGUAUUGACCACAGACCAUUCUUUACUGUGUCUGCGCAAGGACUCGCUCUCUUUAGCUAGCUAGUUUCCACUGUUGGGUCUCUCCAUAGAUGCAUUUGUCAAAGGGACACUGGGGACUAAACACAGCUGGCGAAGUCACUUUGUGUGGCCCGCAAGAGCUGUAAACAGCUGGCUGAAAUGUAAUGCUAAUUUAAAGGACGCCAGAAACUAUCACCUCCAUUGAACAUUGAACAUUUUUUUGGAAGCGAGUGGUGUUGAAUAACUCAGAGUAGGGAUGGGCGACAACUUUUCAAACACGGUAUACCAUCCAAAAACAUGAGAAUUUUGCAUCACGCGAUAAAUACGAUAAUCACACACUCGCUGCAUUGGACUUCCAUGCAUGAACACGACAGGAACAUUACGCCACGCUGUGUUCUCUAGCGCCACAGCGUUUGACAGUUGUGGAGAUUUUAGUGGACUUUGGUUCAAAAAUGUAUAUUUUUGAUCACACUAGACAAUGGACUGACAGUUUGGAUAAUGAUUUUGAGAAUAGUUAUUUCAUGUUAUUUCUAAUAUUUCUUCAAUAGCAUCUAGGAAAUGUGUCCAGACGGUCUGUAGUUAAAGUCAACUGUUAAGAGACAUGAGAUACAUUGGGGACAGCACAGAGACAGCUCAAUUUAACCCCUAAAUAAAACUGGCAGAGCAGUCUGUCAGACAUGACAGAUUCUACGAGAGAUAAAAAGGUCAGUGAUUUUCAAGUAGCGGUUUAAAAAUUUGAGAGGCUCAAUAUCUUGGGGGUAUGAAGCCUGUUAGCCAGAGAAAAUCCAUAAGCUAGCCACGUUGUCGUAUAAGCCGCAGGAAGCAGCAGCUCACAGUCCGGAAAUUACAGUAAAUUAUUUCAGGUGGGAUCUCUCAUUAAAUUGUCUUCUGUCUGAAUCUCUGAAUUUUUGACAUUCCUAAAUUCUACAGAGGAAACACAAGUAGUGGGUGAAUGAAGAUUCAUGAAAGAUAUUUUCGCAAUAUUUAUUGUCAUCCCAGCUCAGAAAUAAUGGAGUGGAAGUUACUAGCAAGACAACAUCAUGCUAAACAAUUCAAAAAGUAAACAAAACAACAAUAGAGUCAUUAUUCUUAAGCCAAAUUUCACGUGCUUGCAGGCCGCAUAAAUCGAUGUAAUGGGCCGAAUUUGGCCCAUAAACCAGGCAUUGCAUCUUCAAAAAUAUUGCCCACAACUUUCAUGAACCUAAAUUGUAUCAAAUUGAUACGAGAAACGCGAUAAUAAAACAGGCUGCCACUGUAAGUCUUUCAGCGCCUCAUCCUUUUGGGUGCAGGAAGAAUAAUGGGACAUUCCACUCGCAUCAUUUGCAUGUGGGCGACCUCCGCCCCUGGUGGCCCCCCAUUUUCUGUCCUCAAAGGCGAAUGUACACAGACAAUGGCACUUGCCGAAAAGCCAGGUUCCGCGUGUACACCGGUACAAUGCUCUGGAGCUCUCCGUGCACUUGUUUGGAUAGUACCCACGCUCUUUUUACUCGGUCACUAUUGUCUUCUCUCCUUUCUCUCUCCAUCUAGAAUGGUUCAUCCAUCCCACAGGGAGAAUUAACGUGUUACCGGGGUGGUUUUUAAGAUCAGAUUUUUUUAUAUAUUGGCGUCAAUAUUACUGCCACACACGGUCUUCGUGGGAUUUACGCAUCCAUUUAUUCUCCAGGCUGCUGCUCUGACAUUCGCCAGUGCGCGCUGUGGACGCUGGAGCUGCGGGCAAACCGUUGGUUGAGAUCCAUAACGGCGUAUUUACGAUGAUACAUUCUUUAAAAAUCAACAUAGGGUGGAGUAAAUCCCACUGUUAGAAAUUCUGAAAAGGCAGCAUUCUCAAAGUUUGGCAUCCGCGCACUUGUCUCGACGUCGCCAUGCACCACCGAUCAUUUACAUCAAUACACCCACAGAGAAACACUCACCUUUCUCUUCGGCAUUUUUGACUGCUGCACCGCGGGAGCGUAAAAAUGAAGGUCAAGGUUGCAGGUUAGGUAGAUGGGAAUUUGAACCGCCUCGAAUUCUGGAUCGAUAUCUAAAGCACCUUCGAUAAUAUGUUGAUUAUAUGCGCUCCCAGAAAGUCUGUGACUGCCGCAGCCAUUGGCUGGAGGGGACAGAUCCCUCUCUUGUCCUGUGCCCCGAUUGGCCAGUCUGGUGUCAUUGUGAAUAAAAGGCGUGUGGUGAUUGGUUAGAGAUUUAUUACAGCGAAACGCUGAUUGGUGGCGCGCUCUUUGUGCGCAUUGAUUCCAGGCUCGGGACUGAGAGGGAAAGCGGAGACAAACCAAUGAAUGGAGACUGGGCUCUCGGGGAAUCUGGGUAAUGUAGUAAAUAUUGUUAAGGACACAAACACAAAAGACUAGAACCGAAUGUGCACAAAGGCACAAUGGAAACGAACUCCAGAAAAGCAUUGUGCCUUGUAGACUGAAAGCUUUGUAAAGUGCCAUGAACAAGAGACAAAAUUUACAAAUAUAUUGAAAAGAGAUAGUGAAAAUUAAAAAUGAAAUUAUGAUUCAAUAUCCAUCCAUUGUGGUAUUUACACAUUUUGCUGUAGUAUUUUACUGUUAUGUUAAUACAUCUUAAGGUCUGUAUUACAUUUGAUUUUCCAAUAUUACAGUUAAUUAUUAUUUAUUUUAAAUGUUCAUACUGUAUUUACCAUAUAUGACACAAUAAUAAUGUUGAAAAAAUUACUUUAGUGUUGAAUAAAAAAAAUAUAAAUUCUGUAUUAUAUAAUAGAAUAUAUUUACAUUAUAUUGUUUAUUUAUUUAGGUUAUUUUAUGUUUAUGGAGAAGCUUUGCGGAACAGUACUCAGGGAACAUGCUGGAUGAAGAUGACAAGAGGACUGGAAAGCAUAUAGUUUAAAUUAGAGAUUCUCAACCAGUGGUCUAUACAAAACUUUUAUUGAAGUGAAUUGAGUUCUCUGUUGAGCGGAGUGGGGUCUAUUACAAGAGAGCGUGGCACGCAUUAAAGAAAGUGACCACUUUGCAUGGACAGCAGUGGACCAAUCUAGAGAUGUUCGAAACAAAGCUGUGCUAUUCAAACAUUGUCUCUGUACAGGAGGGCUCUCUACUGUGACAUUUUUGCCUCCAUUUAAUGAUAUAUGACUUAGUUGGGCUUAAAUCUGAGAGCAUAACAGGUAAUGCAAGCUGCAAACUAAGUGGGAGAGCAAAUAAUACCCAAUGUUUAUAGAGGCUUUUUUCUUUUCUACAAAGCAUUCUAAUGGGUGAAAGUUCUUUACUGCUAAGGUUUUUGUUGAAAUGAUGACAGUACAGUAGGGCAUUGGUGAGAGCUGCCAGGAUUAGAUAGGUGACUGACAGCAGAGUCAGAAGUGGCAGAGAUGAAGAUGUGAAGGACCAGAUCAAAUAUAACAAUGAGAGAAAAGAAACUCACUGUUCUACUAAUAAGCUGGAACUCAUCGCAUAACUUUAUAUGAAAAUAAUGAUCUAUAUUGGUGCAUCCAUUUAUUUAGUCAAUGUAAAAUAAGUCUUAUUUUUUGAUGACUUGAGAAUUGCUGUGUAUUGUGUAUAAGGAAAAAGACCUCCCAAGGAGAAACUUAACUGACAUCUAGUGGACGCGAGAGGUCAUGCCAGGCGUCUGGAAACCACUGGAUUGAGGGCGACAGGACGCGCAGUCGUUCAUGAAUAUUAAAUACAGACUUAUUCAAUUUGAGUACAACCAAUCUAUGAUAUUUUUAUAUUUUAUUAUAAACGCCAGCCCUCCUCUCUUAUCUAUAUUCCGCGGGCUUGCUCCUCGUUCCAGAGAAAAACGAAUACAAAAAUAAAUAAUUCAUGUGUGAACAGCAGAAAAUCCAUCGGGAAUUCAGUGCAUUUUCUUUGUUAAAAAACGCGUCUAACCCGAGGUGACUGUCUAUUAAUAGCAGCGGAACUUGCCCCCCCCUCCCCUCCUCAGCCAGACUCACCCCGCAUUACGUCAUUGACUGGUGCGCUUGUCUGGCACUUCAGAAUUAAGGAUGCGCUUUUCUCUCAGGACGCACGCUCCUGAGAGAAGUAUCAAUAAACGUGUAAGACUGCAGUGUACAAUCUACUCGUGCAAUGGCACAGAGCAGUAAAUGAAACCAAGAUAUGAGUCAGUGGGCGGGACUUCCUGCUGUCACGCCAGCCCGGCUGUUUAUCUGGGUGUGCAGUGCGCGACUGGUCCAGUGCGGGAUCAGAUAACAAGGUUUGAGUGACCACUCUCCACCAUGCUCAGGCCUCUAGUCUGUCUGUGGGUCGCUCUGCUUCCCCUGGUGUCUCUCCAUCGACUGGAGCAGAUUGAUGGGCAGGGUCAUCGCCAGAAGCUGCUCCUCGUGUCUUUCGAUGGGUUCCGCUGGGACUACGUGGACAGGGUGCCGACGCCGAACUUCCACAACCUCAGUGUGGAAGGGGUGACAGUGGAGAACAUGAGCAGUGUUUACAUCACCAAAACCUUUCCGAACCACUACAGCCUGGUGACGGGUUUGUACGCAGAGUCACAUGGCAUCGUGUCCGACGAGAUGUUUGAUCCUGUGUGGAACCAGCACUUCUCCAGGGAGACCCAGAACAUUUAUGAGUCUCGGUGGUGGGAGCAGGCAGUGCCCUUGUGGGUCACCAUCCAGAAGUAUGGGGGGCGUAGUGGGGCGGCAAUGUGGCCUGGAUCCGAUGUCAUGAUCCAUGGAAUGUUUCCCAAUCAAUUCCUCCCCUACAACGCCUCGGUUCCCUUUGAAGACCGUGUAGAGCGGAUUAUUGAGUGGCUCGCUGCCCCUGCCGCGGAGGCGGUUGAUUUCGGUGUUCUGUACUGGGAGGAACCGGACAAAAGCGGGCACAGCGUGGGACCUGAGAACUCUCUCAUGGACGUGGUGAUUGCCGGGAUCGAUGAAAAGCUGGGCUUCCUGCGGAAUGAACUGAAGAAGGCAGGACUGUACGAGACGGUGAAUCUCAUAGUGACAAGUGAUCACGGGAUGACCCAGCUCUUCGCAGAUAAGAUCAUCGAAUUGGACGAAUAUGUCAGCAGAGACUUGUACACCUGGGUGGGCACCAGCCCUGUCGUUGGAAUACUGCCUCAAGAAGGGAAGCUGGACGAAGUGUAUCACAAGCUGUUGGAUGCAAACCCGUAUAUGAUGGUGUACAAGAAGGAAAAGAUCCCCGAACGCUUCCAUUACCGCCACAACAGCCGGAUCAUGCCCAUCAUCAUAGAAGCCAAGGAGGGCUGGACCAUCGUGCAGAACAGGACCACCACUCUCAUGAAUGGGAACCAUGGCUAUGACAACGCCCUGCGCAGCAUGCAGCCGAUCUUUGUGGCUCGUGGUCCAGCCUUUCGCCAGAACUACGUCAAGUCCUCCAUGAAUUCUGUUGACCUCUACCCUCUCAUGUGCCACAUCCUGUCCAUCAAACCUCGUCCCAACAAUGGUUCCCUAGUUAACGUCCUGGACCUGCUGGCAGAAGAGCCAACACCGCCUGCCCCCAGCAGCUCUCCCACCGUCCAACGGAUAUCUUACGCACCGUUCGUCGGCUCUUUUCUAGGCAUUGUGAUGGUGCUCGGCUUUCUAUUUGUCUUCAUCAAAAAAUUGACACUUCACCAGCUGCCAUCACUGAAAUACAGCAGGAGGGAGAUGUCUCAGCCGCUUUUACAAGAGGACCUGUCGCUGUCGCGAGAGGUAGAGUUUGCACCAGAAGUGUGGCGCUUUGUCCAGAAACAUCCCUGAACUGUUCCCUGACAUGCUGAAGUUCCUGAUUGUGAAGUGGAAACCUUCUGUGGUUUGCUUCUGGACCAGGCUUGAGAAACAUUUCCAUGACCUUUUUUGUGGCUUUGCUUUGGUUGUGAAUUUUAACGGAACAUCAUCCCAUGAUUGUAUUUGUUCGUCCGAUAGGGAAAACAAAGAAAAAAACAAAGAAAAAAACAAGGCGCCUCUGCAUGUAUGGAUGUUUGUUUUGGUUUGAAAAGCCGGCGUGUGAGGUGCAAAAUGAAGAGUGUCAGAUCUAGAGGCAAUAGCAACUUGGGAAUUACUGUGCAGAAUCUCAGACAAUCGCUGAAUGGCAGGAAUUUUAGAGUCGCGAUCAAGCACUUCAAAAUCUCGCCAUGAUAUAGGCAUUAAUACAUGCUCAAGAAGUUUAAGAGUUAUCAAUCGUCGAAGGGCCUGAUUUAUAAAAGAGGAAUACAGUCAUAGACAUGCGUGAAUUGUCGCUCACAAGACAAAGGAGGUGCAGAUUUCAGUAUUUCAGUAUUUUAAAAUGCUAAUUCACUAGCAUGUAUCCCUUGAAUUAUCUUCAGCACAUUAUUAAAUAUCAAUCUUCAAGUGCAGAUACGUGCACAGGGAUUGCCGGGAGCAGUGCUCAAGCCCCAAAAAUAAAGUGCAUCUAUCACUAAACAAAUUCCAAAUUAUUCUUUCUAUUCUUAUAAUCGUGACAAAUGUUCGAAAGAUUCCCCCUUCUACUACUUUUACAUAUCUGUCUGAUGCUGUGGGUCACAGGAGCCAUUUUUGUUCGCUCAGCACUGGAGGAGCUGUGGUGGGCUCUUGUGAGCGCUGCUGUGCACUUCAAGGGACGAUUCUCAGAAGAACUCAAACCAUGCAACCAUCAUUCCAUGCAACACCACUGUUUGACUGGUGGUUCCAAUGCAAUAUGGAAACACAUACUAACCAGAAUGUAAAAAACAAUUGAUCUUGAACUUGCAUUUUAGAGAGAAACCAAGUUGCAUCAGGAUACACAAUAUUUUCAAUAUCCCCAGCAUAGCAUUUGAUACAGAUGGAAACACCUUUGAAGAUCGAGUAUAAAUGUGACUCGAACCCCUGUUGUCUCCAGCCUUAAUAAGUAAGACCCUUAAUACUAGGAACCCAAACUCAGAGCUCAGUAGUAGUGGUGAGUAGAUGAGGUUGAUGGAACAAUGUCCUCAUUUUUGUGCUCUUGGUUUUGAAAUGAUAAGGUUUCAUUGAAGCACUUGUUCAAAUGCUAAUAUCUUAUGGCAGACAGUGCCAUCUGGUGUACUCUAAAAAUCAGGACACUGUUUCACGAUGCCUCAUGUACCCAUAACUACUCAGUCAUGUUUGAAUUAGCUGAAGGAGAAAAACCCGCCUUGUUUCAUCAUUGUGCCUUCCUCUUGCCACAAUGACAACAAAUUGUUCUGUUACAUUCUUAAAUCUUUAGUACAUCAGGCCCUGAGAUGAUAAGAAAAACCCACGGGCUGCUCAAGUUACAUGGCAUUUGCAAAUCUAUGCUGAACUGAUUUGUGUUUCGUAAAAAAAAAUAUCAAUGUAGCUCCGGUGCAGGAUCCGCUGCAAUACUGUGAUUGAGCUUUUUGAGUUUCCUAAAAGUGAUUUUUUUUCUUGAACACAUCACUCACACUGUGCCAGGCUCACGUGCGCUGACCACUUCACGCUGUUGCUCUUUAAUAGUCAGUAACCAUUUGCCUUUUUUUUAAACUGGAAAAAAAAGUCAAUGCAGUUGUGUCAAGUUUUUCUUUGUGGAAACUGUGUUUUGGGAUGUAUUUCUACUUGAUUUUCUUCGUCGUAUGUUCCAACCACGAACAUUUUGUCUGUGAAAUGUGAAGUGCAAUUGUUGUUGGUCAGUAUUUCAUCUUAAUUUUGGAAGGCUUGAGAAGACUUUUUUGGGCAUGGCUUUGUGAGAACUGUUCCUCUGAUUUGCACUACUGAGAAGACAGAAUUUAGGAACAGUAUGAUGCUUUGAUUUUGCACUUCCAUAUUAAAAAAGUAAGGUGCCUAUAGCCACGAAAAAAAAAAAAAAGAUUUUCAGUCUGAAAAUUAGGAGGAUAGUAAAAAAAAUAGCAUUUUUUAAAAAUUGGUUUUAGUCUUAUUGCUUGACAAUGCACUAUAUAUAAUAACUUGUCCCAAAAAUCGACAGACAUCACUGUGAAAUAUCCUUUUUAACGAAAGAAAAAUUUAAGAAAUUUAUAUUGGAAUUUUUAAUUUUCAGGUUUUUUGAUUCGAAAACAGGUGUUGUCUGCUACUGAAUGGAUCGGAGAAAUAUGUGUCACUUCAGUAUAUUUAAAUGUGAAAAAGAAGAUUACUAUUGUCUUAUAGAGCAACUAUCCUAGAGUUUACAGUAAUUGUUUGAUUUGAAAUAUUGAUAUUUACAUGACUUAUUUUUUGCCCUGUUGAUGCAAUUGAGGAGUCAAUUAAAGGGACUUGCG